AUGGCAGACAAGAGGAAUCCUCGUCGCAGGGCUUCUCUGCCCGGUAUCGGACGACGGCGCCGACACGCUGAGGUGUGUAUGGUGAAACACUUUGGUCUUCGCUGGCUUCUCGAUUUCACAGUCACAAGUCCUUUUCUCCGGGGAGUGCGGCUUGAUGCCGACGCCGUGGCAACCCUUGCUAUCGUUUGUCAGCACCAACUGGAAGACGCUCUCGGGUCAACAUCAACGGUAACGUCACGGAAAGUGACGUUCCCCGUCCCAGUUGACGACCUUCAGCCUGACGUUGAACUCCAACACAGACUCUCUCGCCUUGUUGCAAGAUUCUACUCGGGCGUCGCCAUCGGUCCCCCUCGUUCACUCAAGAAAGACAUCUUGGUGUAUCUGAAAUGCAGGCAAGUGGGAUCCGCUGAUGCAAUUCGGCUGGUUCUGAAUGACCAGUCUGUUCCGUACAUGGAGUUUCACGUCGGGCGGUCCAUUAUGUCCGACACGUUCAAGGACGAGUUCGUUGCCGCGAGGCUCCCAGACAGCUUACCGUACUAUUCAGACGGGGCUUGCGAAAUGACUGGAGCGGGAACAGUUUUACGAUAUGUUGCAGCCAAGACGGGUUUAAUGGGGAGGUCGCCGGCAGAAAGAGAGAAAAUCGAGUCUAUCAUAGAAUACGGCUUCUCUGUUCUUCAGUCACUGUGGAGGGCAGAUUGUCAGUGCGGUGAGACACAGAGAAUGAGCCAAGAUCGAGCCAAAGCCAAGUUUGUCAAAGAAAAGCUCCUUCCAAUUCUUCGAACUCUUAAUGCUCUGGUGCCGACGAACGACGAAAGUGCCACACCAGCAGCCGCAGACUGCCAGUGGGAAGAGGAGAGUGCCUUUGCGACUCGGCGGCUACGGCCGACAUGGAGUUCGGGCAGAGCAUACUUCUGCCGUUUGUCAACGUUGCCAGGCAUUCGGAAGCUGUCGAAUGCUACAGACCAAACAUCAAAUCUUUCUCGGAAUCGCCUCAUCGUUAUUGAAAGAGUGGGUUGCUUGUCGGCGAUGGAACAAUGCCACCAAAAAGCAGAAAGUGUUGUGUACUUUGUGGGAGAUCGGGUCACUCUAAGAGUUGGUAUUUCAUCAUUUUUCUUUCUGUACCUUAGUGUAUGA